AUGGAGCUCAGAGUGACUCUCUUCCUCCUCUCAGGCUUGUACACAAACUCCUCCUCUCACGUGUAUCAGUUUGUGAAUAUAUCAAAGACCUGGGCUGAAGCUCAGCAUUACUGCAGAGAGAAGUACAUCGACCUGGCCACCGUAGACAACACAGAGGACAUGGCCAGACUGAGUAAAGUUAGCGAUGGUUCCAGGGGUAUCAAGGACAAGCUGCAUGAUGAACUGAAGAAGCAGGUGGUGUCUGACAUCAAGCUGAGCUGGACUAAGGAAGAUGGACAGAAUUUCCACAAGGAGGAAGAAGCGGAAGAGGAGGAGAAAAGAAAAGACUCUGCUCUGUCGGCUCCUCUCAAUGUGACAAUCAGAGAGCUGGAGGCGAAAACAGCCACAGUCACAUGGGACAUACUGGAGGGAGAUUCCGUCAUCGGAUUCGCCAUCACACAACAGAAGAAGGAUGUGCGUAUGCUGCGGUACAUCCAGGAAGUGAACACGACCACGCGCUCCUGUGCAUUGUGGGACUUGGAGGAGGACACGGAGUACAUUGUUCAUGUCCAGAGCGUCAGCAUGGGAGGCAGUAGUCCUCCGAGUGACCCGGUCAGCUUCAGAACUCCCAGGGAGUCUGAGAAACGGGCCUCCACAGUACCAGACCAGGUGAACAGGAAGGAGAUGGAACAGGAAGUUCAGCUCAGAGUUGGAGAGCUCAUCAUCAUCGUAGUGGUUCUCGUCAUGUGGGCAGGUGUGAUCCUCCUGUUCUGUCGUCAGUAUGACAUCAUCAAAGACAACGAACCCAACAACAAGGACAAAGCCAAGACCUCGUCCGAAUGCAGUACACCCGAACACCCACAGGGAGGCCUAUUGCGUAGCAACCUCUGA